AUGAGUCCUACAUUAGAGCAUGACAGCUCUGGCCCCGGCCAGUCGUAUGCCAACCAGAAGACAAAGGAAACUGAGCCCAGUGGCUCGCGAUUCGCGCAAGGGCCGAGAAGCGGUGACAGCGGAGAAGCGAGAAGGAGUUCGAGUUUCAAGGGAGAACAUACCAACGAAUCAUCUACGGAGGCUCAAGAGCAGGGCUUGGGUAUACUAGUCGAGCAGUCAGCCGAUGACACAAACCAGAACGGCCGGCUGUCGGUCGUGAACGUCUUCGAAGGGCCGAAGAUCAAGGCUGCGCUCGCUGAGCUUGCCGAAGAUGCAGCUGACAGACCAACCGAAGAGAAGGACAAAAUUCUUAAGCUAUCCCCCGAAAAAAUCCAAGAGCUCACAUCGUCCCCUGAGUCGAUUCCCUACCGUGCCGUGGGGCCGGAUAUGAACACCGGGCGGAGGGUGGUGUCGGACAACAUAAAUUCAACCAAGACCGCUCUUGAUACCUCUGAAAUGCCAGACUUGAGCUUGCGGACUGUCAGCGAAGCGCCCUCAUCUCCUCCAGAUGAGCCACUGCACAUUCGUCCAAUGAGAGACCUCAGUGCAGACGAAUUGGCAGCCCUGGCAAAGUCAGUAAAUGCUGCACAAACGAGCAAUGGGCCCAUUCGAAAUCGGCCAAACGUCCCCCGCACGGUGUCUACCCCUGGCCCUUCGCGGCGGGCCCCUCCUCUCGCCACCCCUACUAACGAGCGCUUGGCCCAAACAUGGAACUCCCGCUCCAAGCAAGAUCGUCAUACGUCAGAUCGCGAUCUGAAACCCCAUCUUGCCACAUCUCCUCACCUUGCUGAGACUCCGUUAUCUCCUCCCGUGUCUUCAGCAAUACCCCUUCCACCGGUCUCCAUACCCACUUAUCUGCAACUGGAGCUUGCUUCCGGGCGUCCAUCGCCGCUCUAUAUCCACGGCUCAGACGCAAACGAAUUUCCGUAUGAGUCUUCCAGCGCAAAGAUGGAGCGGUUAUUGAAUUUCCUCAUCCUCCCGCCGGCACUUGAGCAAGUUCUUUGUUUUGGAAGCCUGGCUUGCCUGGACGCAUGGCUCUAUUCCUUCACCAUCCUUCCAUUGCGAUUCAUAAAAGCUUUGUACAUCUUGUGUGAGUCUUGGGUGAUAAACAUGCAAUCAGAAUGCCGAUUCCUAUGGAAAUUUGUGGUCAAUGGCAUUGGUCGAGUAUGGCGAAGGCGGAACAAGACCCCUAUAGAGGCCCCACGUGAACGGCGUGAAAGCGAAUCCGAUUCGACUCCACGUCUCAAUGGCCAGGACUCGUUCCAGUCAGAUCGAGAGAUUCGACACCGGUAUUCUGAGCCCCCGAGGAGAAGACAUCGCGCCUCUGAAUCACGGCGCCACCAUCAUCGCAGAAAGAAGUCUAUGCCCUCGGCUUUGCUACCCGAUGAUAAGGCUGAUAUUCUCAACGGGUUCCUUAUGAUAGCGACCUGCUGUGCAUUGAUGUACUUUGAUGCAAGCAGAAUGUAUCAUUGGAUUCGCGGACAAGCUGCGAUCAAACUGUACGUGAUUUACAAUGUUCUUGAGGUACUCGAUCGCCUCUUGGCGGCCAUCGGGCAAGACGUGCUGGAAUGUCUCUUUUCAAGGGAAGCCCUUGAGCGACGCCCUGACGGCCGGAGCAAGAUUUUCAGACCGUUCUGGUUAUUCUUAUUGGCGUUGGCCUACACGGUUGCACAUUCAACGUCUCUCUUUUACCAGGUGAUGACGCUGAACGUGGCUGUGAACUCCUACUCUAAUGCCUUAAUCACCCUUCUUUUGUCCAAUCAGUUUGUGGAGAUCAAGUCGACUGUCUUCCGCAAAUUCGAGAAAGAGAAUCUUUUCCAACUCACCUGCUCCGAUGUCGUGGAACGAUUUCAGCUCUGGUUAAUGCUUACGAUUAUCGCAUCUCGUAACAUCGUCGAAACUGGUGCUUUCAACUUCAUUGGCGACUUUGGUCUUGGAUCCAAUUCUGCUGGGCAGACAAUGACGAGCACGAACAGCACACCACUAUCGACACCUCCGCGAACGUCAUCUUCUAUUAUCCCAGAAUCAUUCACGUUCUUUCCGUCAUCCAUAUUCGCCUCCUUCAGCAGCGUCAACUCCUAUAUUCCCACUUUGGCCCAAGUCCUUGGUCCAUUCCUAAUUGUCUUGGGGUCUGAAAUGUUCGUGGAUUGGCUCAAACAUGCCUAUAUCAACAAGUUCAACAACCAAAGACCCAGCCUCUACGGCCGUUAUCUCGAUGUGCUUGCCAAGGACUACUACACGAAUGCCUUUGGCGACCAGAAUCUUACGCGCCGCCUGGGUCUCCCAGUCAUCCCGUUGUCCUGCCUCUUCUUUCGAGUUAUCCUUCAUCCACGGCGAGGGGAUCGACCUCCCUUUCCUCCAUCCAUAGUCAUUACGCCCCUUCUCCGCUCCCCCUCCGCGCCGCCACUGACCCUACAAAACAUCCUGCCUGUUUCUGCCACACACAUCAACAACUUCUUCCGCACUCUCCUCGAAAACGCAAUCCCAUCUCCCGCACAGGCGGUGCAGAUCUUUACUAUUGUCCUCAUUCUCACCGGAUUCAUCGUACUAUUGAUCCUCAAGUUGGUCCUAGGAAUGGGUUUACUUGCCUACGCCCGGUCACGCUACAAGAAAAUGAAGAGCGCAGAAACAGAGUCCCGGAGAGCCGUUCAUCAGGAGAACCGGGAGUUGGCCCGGAAGGACGAAUUUGGCGUGGAAGGUGCCCGGCGCGCUGGCGGCUGGGGUAUGAUUGAAGUAGGAGACGAGAAAAGAAAGUGGAUUUACGGGGAUGAUGCAGAUGGUCUAAAGCGUGUCAAAGAAAAAGAAGAGAAGGACAAGAAUAAGGCGCUGGAGAUGAAUAUUGAUAGCGUGCAUAGGUAUGAGAUGGUGGCGAAGAAGAUUUGGUGA